CAGUUUACUUUCACUGUCUUCUUAUGAAUCAUGCAAAACCAGAGCUUUGUCACUGAGUUCAUACUCCUGGGUCUUUCACAGUCCCAAAAUGUGGAAAAAAUACUACUUGUUGUAUUUUUGUUAAUCUAUCUUGCAACUAUUGGGGGCAACAUAAUAAUUGUCAUUACCAUCAUCUACAAUCCUGCACUGCUAGGUUCUCCCAUGUACUUUUUCUUGGCAUUUCUAUCUUUCCUGGAUGCAUGUACUUCUUCUACUGUCACACCCAAGAUAAUUAUAGACUGCUUGUAUGAAAGGAAGACCAUCUCUUUUGAAUGUUGCAUGACACAACUGUUUACAGUUCACUUCUUCACAGGAGCAGAAGUGAUUGUCCUAGCAGCCAUGGCCUAUGACCGCUAUGUGGCUAUUUGCAAGCCUCUUCACUAUUCUUCCAUUAUGACACAGAAGCUCUGUGGUGUUUUGGUGGUGGUAUCCUGGGCAGGAGGAUUUUUGCAUUCUAUCAUACAAAUUACAUUCACAUUGCAGCUGCCUUUAUGUGGGCCCAAUAUUAUUGAUCAUUACAUGUGUGACCUGUUCCCAUUACUGAAGCUUGCCUGUACUGACACACACAUUUUUGUCCUUUUGGUGUUUGCCAACAGUGGGGCUAUUUGCAUUAUAAUCUUCUCACUAUUGCUAGUCUCUUAUGGUGUUGUAUUGUUUUCUCUGAGAGCCCACAGUUCUGAAGGUCGACGCAAAGCUCUUUCCACCUGUGUAUCCCAUAUUACAGUUGUGCUUUUGUUCUUUGUCCCAUGCAUAUUAAUAUAUGCAAGACCUACAUCUGCAUUGUCCUUUGAGAAAAAUAUGCUUAUAUUUGUCAAUGUCCUGACACCGUUACUCAAUCCUAUGGUUUAUACUUUUAGAAAUAAGGAAAUGAUGAAUGCCAUCAGAAAAAUGUGGAAGAGAUUCAGAGUGGUGUCUGAUAAAUUUUAA